AUGCUGGCCCGUGCAGCGCGGCCCCGCCCGGGCCCCGGGCCGCCUACGGCCUGGCCCUUGCCGCCGCCACCGCUGCUGCUGCUCCUGGCGGUGCUGAGCGGCCCGGUGUGCGGCCGCGUACCCCGCUCGGUUCCCAGGACUUCGCUUCCCAUCUCCGAGGUGGACUCUUAUCUCACACGGUUUGCUGUCCCUCAUAUAUACAAUUACUCUGUGCUCCUUGUGGAUCCUGCUUCCCACACACUUUACGUCGGUGCCCGGGACAGCAUCUUCGCGUUAUCCCUGCCCUUCUCAGGGCAAAGACCCCGCAGGAUCGACUGGAUGGUGCCCGAGCCUCACAGACAGAACUGUAGGAAGAAAGGCAAGAAAGAGGAUGAAUGUCACAAUUUUAUCCAGAUCCUCGCCAUUGCCAAUGCCUCUCACCUCUUCACUUGUGGCACCUUCGCUUUUGACCCAAAGUGCGGGGUUAUUGAUGUGUCCAGUUUCCAGCAGGUUGAGAGACUUGAGAGCGGCCGGGGGAAAUGUCCUUUUGAGCCAGCUCAGCGGUCAGCAGCUGUAAUGGCUGGGGGGGUCCUCUAUGCAGCCACUGUGAAAAACUACCUGGGGACGGAGCCGAUUAUCUCCAGGGCUGUGGGUCGCUCGGAGGACUGGAUUCGCACAGAGACCUUGCCGUCCUGGCUUAAUGCCCCAGCCUUUGUCGCAGCCAUGGUCUUGAGCCCAGCUGAGUGGGGGGAUGAAGAUGGCGACGAUGAAAUCUACUUCUUCUUUACGGAGACUUCCCGAAUGUUUGACUCAUACGAGCUCUUUAAGGUCCCACGGGUGGCCCGUGUGUGUGCGGGGGACCUUGGAGGUCGGAAGACACUCCAGCAGAGGUGGACGACAUUUCUGAAGGCUGACCUGCUGUGUCCAGGGCCUGAGUAUGGCCGGGCUUCUGGUGUCCUGCAGGACAUGGCCGAACUUCGACCUCAGCCUGGAUCAGGGACUCCCAUCUUUUAUGGCAUCUUUUCAUCCCAGUGGGAAGGAGCUGCCAUCUCUGCUGUGUGUGCCUUCCGACCACAAGACAUUCGGACAGUGCUGAGUGGUCCCUUUAGGGAGCUGAAACAUGAGUGUAACAGAGGACUGCCUGUCAUGGACAAUGAGGUGCCCCAGCCCAGACCUGGAGAGUGUAUCACCAAUAACAUGAAGAUGCAGCAGUUUGGUUCCUCGCUCUCCUUGCCUGACCGUGUGCUCACCUUCAUCCGGGACCAUCCACUCAUGGACAGACCAGUCUUUCCAGCUGAUGGCCGCCCCCUGCUGGUCACUACGGAUACAGCCUAUCUCAGAAUUGUGGCCCAUAGGGUGGCCAGCCUGUCGGGAAAAGAGUAUGACGUGCUGUACCUGGGGACAGAGGACGGACACCUCCACCGAGCAGUACGCAUUGGAACCCAGCUCAGUGUCCUCGAGGACCUGGCCUUAUUCCCAGAGCCACAGCCAGUUGAGAACAUGAAACUGUACCAUGGUUGGCUCCUGGUGGGUUCCCAUACACAGGUGACACAAGUGAACACCAGCAACUGUGGACGUCUGCAGAGCUGCUCUGAGUGUAUCCUGGCCCAGGACCCUGUCUGCGCUUGGAGCUUCCGGCUAGAUGCUUGUGUGGCCCACGUGGGGGAGCACCAAGGGCUGGUCCAAGACAUAGAGUCAGCAGAUGUCUCUUCUCUGUGUCCCAAGGAGCCUGGAGAACAUCCAGUAGUGUUUGAAGUUCCAGUGGCUACCGCGGCACAUGUGGUCCUGCCAUGUUCCCCCAGCUCUGCAUGGGCAUCUUGUGUAUGGCACCAGCCCAGUGGAGUGACUGCACUUAACCCCCGGCGGGAUGGUUUAGAGGUGGUAGUGACCCCAGGGGCCAUGGGUGCUUAUGCCUGUGAAUGCCAGGAGGGUGGAGCAGCCCGUGUUGUAGCGGCUUACAGCUUGGUGUGGGGCAGCCAGCGAGGCCCUUUGAUACGGGCCCAGACCCUUGGGGCUGGAGUGGUUGGGUUCUUCCUGGGGGUCUUUGCAGCAUCCCUAACUCUCCUGCUGAUUGGUCGGCGCCAGCAGCGAAGACGACAGAGGGAACUUCUGGCUAGAGACAAAGUGGGCUUAGACUUGGGGGCUCCACCAUCUGGGACCACAAGCUACAGCCAAGACCCUCCCUCUCCUUCUCCUGAAGAUGAACGGCUGCCUCUAGCCCUGGCUAAGAGGGCCAGUGGCUUUGGUGGCUUUCCUCCUCCCUUCUUGCUUGAUCCUUGCCCAAGCCCAGCCCAUAUUCGGCUAACUGGGGCUCCUCUAGCCACAUGUGAUGAAACAUCUAUAUGAUAGAAUCAGGUGAAUGACCUGGUGCAUGAGUGAUCACUGGAUCGAAGUGGCCACUGAGACUAGUGUCUCGGGGCCUGGAAGAUCACCAUGGCUGCUCAGUUCUCUUUGAAUCUGUCCUUUGGACCAGAUGGAUUUAGGGACAGGCCUUCGCCUGAUUCUGGAUUCUCGAUUCCUGUGAGAUCAGAACUGCUCUCUGCAGAGAUUCAGGGGCUUUCCCCAACCCCUGAGUCCCUGUGGCCCUUCUGCCUUGGGCCCAUCAGUUCUGGGACUGGAGCAAGCAUGUUACCUCUGACUUUGCUUUGUGAUGGGCCAUGGCAGAGAAGCGCCAUGGAGGUGGUCGGAGUUCAUGAACAUUGAGCCACUGGGCGGUUCUGCUGAUUUUUGAUUCUUCCAUUUAGCUGACUCUUUGGGGAGUGCAUGAUCCCUAGGCUGUCACAUGGAGCCUCUGCCUGAGUCCUCACCCCUCCCAGCUUCCCUUUGUCUGUGGAAGAGUGUGUGUAAAUACACUAGUGUGCCUAGGAGACCUGGCCACACGUGCAUGAGUGACAUGAGCCAGUACCUAGUGCUUUUGGGGGUUGAGAGGGAAAGGUCAGUACUUUAUACCCUGUAGCCAGUGAGGCAAGUCCUGCCUCUCUCCCCAUCACUCCACAGUGCUUCUUUAGAUUUGAGUAAGGAAAGCUCCCAAAGUGACCUUCUGGGUGGGAAGGAUGGUGGGACAUGUGGUCCUCUCCUUUUCCUUUGUGCCCUCUGCUGCCCCCACUGCCAUGCUGCGCUUUACCUGGCUGGAGUAGAGGCUGAGCCCCCUUUUCUUGGCUCCCAUUCAGAACUGAACUUCACAACAUUCUAAAUUUGGGGGGAUAACAAAGGGGUACAGUCAUAGGAAACACAAGCAGGUUAAAGAUAGGUUUCCUCAGUGACUUUACUCAGGGUGACAUUCUUGCCCUAAAGCAGGAGUCCCCAAGCUGGGGUACACAAAUACCCAGUAAUUGUAUGCAAAAUGUCUGUACAUGUGUGUCUGUAUUUUUAGGGGUGGGGAGCUAUGACUUUUAUCAAAUGCUCUAGGCCUUAACACAGUUAAAGUACCACUGCCCAAAGUCACCACCCUUGGACCAAGGAGAGGUAGUUUCACUCUGUGGCAGUUCCUCUUGGCCUCACCCUGUUGCCUGUGGCCAAUCCCUGCACUCAGCUGCUGGAGGCGCUCUGUUUUCUCCAGUCUGUGGAUGCUGGGCUGUGUGUGUCUUUGAAGACACACAACUCUCCUUCUGCUUCCCACUCUCACGUGCUCUGUGCUUCUGCUCAGUCCUGGUCUUGGCCUGUGAAUGUGCCUCUGUCAUCCUUGGUGAGAGGAACCCCUCAAGCUACAGAGAAUGAUGCAUUCCUUUGCAGCUGAAGUUUUCUGCUCUACUUUCCUCAGCAGCAGCCUGUGAACUACUCAAGUGUCCCCUUGGGUUUGGAGUUAUCAGUGGCUUUGCCACUAGUAAGUGUAUGAUCGUAGUCUAACCUAGGGACAUUGGUUUACUCAUCUGGAAAGUGGGGAUAAUACCUACCUCAGGGCUGCUACAAGGAGUACAUGAGAAAAUGUAUAACAAUAAAGCAUUAUAUAUACCAGCA